AAGCUCCAAACACCAUUGGUCCCUGUAGCCACCAUGCUCCAAGUUGCUGUCCAUUGUGUCCGUAUUCUCCUAAUCCAUUCUAGCCAAGAAUUCUCUCUCUUCUCAUCAAGCCAAGAAUUCUCUCUUCUCACCAAGCCAUGUACUUUGAGCAGAGCAGCCGCUGCUCAGCCACAAGCUCCGCUGCGGUCCACGUGUCGCUAUUGUGUUACGACACAUCGCGCGCCGCCAUUGGUCCGGAACAGAGCCCCAAAAAGCGAGCUAUAUCCAAUCUUGGAUCGAUGGCUAGAGAGAUUUGUGGCGCAGCUGCUUCCGGUUCCUCCUAUUUACUUAGCUUGUCAAAACACAUUACUCACUAGUAGCGUACACUACCACAGCUAGCAAUGGAGACCUCGUGCUUCCUUACCUCCAAUGCCUCGCCGGUGAAGAGCAUGGUGAUGCCGUCGCCGGCCGGCGUCGUGAAGGCCAGGCCGCACGUGCUCUUCGGCGGCCGGCGAGCGGCGAGCUCGUCGGUGACCACCUGCUGCAGCUACAACGGCGAGGGCGCGGCGCCGGCGAUCGACCCGGACUGGCGGUCGUUCAGGGCGCAGCUCUACUUCAACGAGCAGUACGCGAAGAGCGUGAACCCGGCGGUGGCGGCGGUGAGGGCGACGGCGACGACGCCGGAGCCGGUGAAGAUCGGCGACAAGUGGGCGCACCCGCUAGUGGAGCCGGAGAAGGGGUGCCUGCUGAUCGCGACGGAGAAGCUGGACGGGUCGCACAUCUUCGAGCGCACGGUGGUCCUCCUCCUGUCCGCCGGCGUGCUGGGCCCCGUGGGCGUGAUCCUGAACCGGCCGUCGCUGAUGUCGAUCAAGGAGGCGCAGGCGGUGUUCGCGGAGACGGACAUCGCGGGGGCGUUCUCGGGGCGGCCGCUCUUCUUCGGUGGCCCGCUGGAGGAGUGCUUCUUCCUGCUGGGGCCGCGGGCGGCGGCGGCGGGGGACGUGGUGGGGAGGACGGGGCUGUUCGACGAAGUGAUGCCCGGGGUGCACUACGGGACGCGGGAGAGCGUGGGGUGCGCGGCGGAGCUGGUGAAGCGCGGCGUGGUCGGGGUGAGGGACUUCCGCUUCUUCGACGGCUUCUGCGGGUGGGAGAGGGAGCAGCUGCGCGACGAGGUGCGCGCGGGCUUGUGGCGCGUGGCGGCGUGCAGCCCCGCCGUGCUGGGCCUCGCCACCGUCGUCAAGGGCGGACUCUGGGAGGAGGUGCAGGGCCUCGUCGGAGAGAGGAGGGUGUGGUGACUGAUUACUUCUCAAGGGUGACCAUUAUGUAAUUAAUUAAUUAAUUAAUCUCUUAAUUAACUCGCAAGUAAAGUAUUUACUCCUUUCAGAUUAAUGAUUUUAGGCUUUUAGUCAUCACGGUAGGUUUAAAGAGGGUUGUAUUUGUAUACUCUGUAUCUUGUACUCUUAUCGUUUUGCCCACCACUACGCGAACACACCUCGAUGCCCUUCUCGUCUCCAA